AUGAAGCGGAACUACUUCCGCAUUGACAUUUGCAUAGGAUGUGGACGUGAAAACUGGUGUUGGAUGGACCUCUGGAGUUUGAGGACGAAAGUUGAGACUGAUGGUGUUAGAUGGAGCAAAGGUGUAUUGGAUAGGAACACGGUGCAAUGGGAGGUUAAAGUCAAACCUGGGAGCCUCACAGACUUGUGGGACUUUAGCGACAUUGAUGAUAUUGAUGACUUUGGCAACUUCAACGACUUCAACGACUUCAAUGACUUUAGAGACUUUGAUGACUUUGGCAACUUCGACGACUUUAGUGAAUUCAACGACUUCAGCAACUUUAAAUAUUAG